CAAUUGUGAACAUAGUUCUUAUAAACCAUUCCGCGGGGUGCGGCACACAAGGACGACGCUAGAUGUAACGAGUGUUCUACUGCUAAAAAAAGGAAUGUUUACACACAUUAUUGUCUAAUGCUGUGACAUUUUGAUUAAUUAUAUAAAAAGAUAGACUUGACAUAACCUCUAUUAAGACAUGGCUGGAGGCGAAUUAGAUAGACAAUACAAACUGGUUGUAGUUGGAGGGGGUGGUGUUGGAAAAAGUGCCUUGACAAUCCAGUUUAUUCAAUCACAUUUCGUUCAAGAUUAUGAUCCUACGAUCGAAGAUUCCUAUAGAAAACAAUGUGUAAUAGAUGAUCGGGUUGCACAUUUAGACAUUUUGGAUACUGCUGGUCAAGAGGAAUUUAGUGCAAUGAGAGAACAGUAUAUGAGAACUGGGGAAGGAUUUUUAUUAGUGUUUUCAGUAACAGAUAGUUCCAGCUUUGAUGAAAUCCCAAGAUUUCACACACAAAUCCUACGAGUGAAGGAUAAAGAUGAAUUCCCGAUGAUUCUAGUGGGUAACAAGUCAGAUUUAGAGAAUGAGCGAACUGUUUCAACUGCAGAAGCACAAGAAUUAGGUAGAAAACUAAAGAUUCCUUACCUGGAGUCUAGUGCUAAACAGCGAAUUAACGUCGACGCAGCGUUUCACGAUUUAGUUCGAGCUAUUAGGCGUUCUAAUGAAGUUAUUGAUCAGCCAGUGAAGAAAAAGAAAAAAUCCAAGUGCACAAUUCUAUAAAGCGUGUAUUUAUAUUAUCCAGUAAAACAAAAUAUAGAUACUUUUUAUUAUAAGGAAAAGAAGAUGAUCGAGUGAAAUGUUGUUGCUGCGGUAUCGUACUGCAGGUCCAUGAGAACGAUUUUGAACAUAUAUAAAUGGAUAAUUUUUUUUAUAUAUUUCCAAAAGUAUGAUUAUAUAUUUGCAUUGUGAAUCUUCAUUUAGAAGAGUGGAGGAUUUAGAUAAGAAAAAGCAUACAGUAGAGGCUAUCCUCUAAUAUCAGUUCUUUGUUAUUUUUUUUCUGUUUCUUAUAAUAUAUUUGUCACGCACGAAUGGAACGUUUGAUCAAAAGUUUUUGUACAAUAACCUUUGUUUGCUUGUCUAUUUUCUUUUUUAUUGCAAUUUAACUUACGGUAACACCAAGUUUUAAAAGUUGUUUUGUUUCAAAACAGAAGAAAAAUCAUCUCCACCAUAGAGCUUAAUUAUAACAUAAUUUUAAAUAAUUCUCCUUCGUUGGGAUUAAUGUAUAUUCUACACCGAAUUAUAUUUUACCAAUUAAUAUUUCCGCUGUUUUGUAAAUAGAAAUGAGAGUAUCUGGGAAAAAUAACAUGUGCUUUCA